GCCCACCUACGGACUAUGUAUACCGUGCCUUUUCCGUCGUCCCAUUCGCCAGGGGGGAACGGCAAAGGGCAAAGUGGGAAACAAUCAAGUUCCACAAAAUCGCAUCUCAUCUGCUUCGACUCCACCGAGGACUCCCUUCUUUCCUCCCACUCCCAUCUGCUCUCCUCGCCGCCACCUGCGCCGUCAGAGCACGGAGCAGUCCGCGACCACGCUUUCGCUGCCGCUCUCCGACAGGCGACGGAGCCGCAGCUCCAGUCGCAGUCGGCUCCCCUGAAUUCGGGCUCGCCAAAUACCCUCCAAUCGUCUGCGUCCGUCGUCCGGGACUUCCGGUGCAACUGAAUCCGGCACCACCUGUGCGGCCUGUCAUGGCACUUGGAAGAGGAGGGAGGAAGGACUCAAGAGGUUAAGGUACGGUAUUUAUAGAUUUGGCUGAAGAAACUGGUUGUUGCUAUUAUGAAGACUAAGACGAGUAGGAGCUUACAGAAGUCUGGGAGAGGUAACCAUGUCCAAGGAGAAGGGCCAAACUGGGUUCUUGUUGCUGGCGGGGUUUUGCUUAGCACGCUUUCAGUCAAGGUUGUGUGCAAACUAAAGCAGUUGUUAGACGGGAAGCAGCAAAAUAAUACUUCCGAAGCUAAAGGAAGGCCUGAAGCAUGCAAGCUGCAUUCAGAUCUCUACCGGUUCAGUGACCAAACUGGCUGCUACUACUGUAUGUCAGGGCUUGCAAAUGGUGGAGUGGAAGUCAAGCAAACACCUGCAAGUCCUGUACCCAAAUCAGUUGAAUCCUCACUUCCACUUGUCAAGAUACCCACACCAGAAUCAAGCAAAGAGAACAGCGGUGUUAUGUGGAUAUCCUCACCUGAUCGGCUUGAAGAUCCUCGAAGGCCAUUUCAGUACUCUAACAGUUCUGGCUCUCCCUGUGUUUCAGAAUCAGGAUCUGACAUUUAUAGCAAAAGAGAGGUCAUACAGAAGCUAAGACAGCACCUCAAGAAACGUGAUGAGAUGAUCAUGGAGAUGCAAACUCAGAUUGCUGAUCUUAAGAACUCUCUUAACAUUCAGGUGACACAGUCCAGCAAUCUGCAGUCUCAAUUGGAUGCUGCCAAUCGUGAUCUGUUUGAAUCUGAACGAGAGAUUCAGCAUCUAAGGAAGAUUAUUGCAGAUCAUUGUGUCACAGAAGCACUCUCUCAUGAUAAACCUUUGCAAGCUGCGCAUUGGCAGCCAGAUGCCGCAAAUGGGCAUUCUAAUGGCUAUGGUGAUGGUUGUGUUGAUGAUGCUGACCUGCAUUGUAUUAGCAUCGAGAAGAGGAAGGUAGAAGUAGAGAGGGUGGAGAUGCUCAAGAAAGAGGUGGUUGAACUGAAGGAAGUCAUUGAGGGAAAGGACUUUGUGCUUCAGAGCUACAAGGAACAGAAGGUGGAACUCUUCUCAAAGAUCAGGGAGUUGCAGGAAAAGCUCUCAGCACAAGUGCCAAUCAUCUUGUAGGAUCUAUCUGUGAUACUUUUUAGAAGAUUGAAUCUAAGCAUAAUGUUGCCAUGUCCCAUGAGCAGCAGAGGGGGUCCCGCUUCAGUGAAGAUUGCAGAAGGUCUUGGCAUUUGGCAAUCGUCACGCAUGCCAAACACCAUGCUAGGAUCUUUGUGGAAUGCUUCUCUUUUCCUUUGAGGGGAGCUUUGCAUAAUGUUAGGUUGAUUUGUUUCUUUCUUGGUUGUCAUAAUGUUAGGUUGGUUUGCUUUCUUCCUUCUUCAAUAUCUAGCCCUUGGUUGCUCAAAGUUUACAAAGGGAUUCUUUUUUUCAGUUGCUAGGCCUCAGGUAACUCAAUUGAACUUCAUACUCAAGUUGCUGUACAGGUUCUCAGAUUUCAGGAGACACAGAAGUCUGUACUGUGCCUCUGCCUCCUGUUUCAUGCUUUUUUUUUUGUUAAGUGAUCUUUGGAAUGUUAGGUCCAUGACAUUUCUACUAUGAGAUUUGAAGACUAUGGCAUUGCCCUUUUUUGUGAUU